AUGUGUCAGCGGCACAGCAAAGGUCAGCUGCUCUGCAAGGAUGGUGAGCAGGGAGUAGAGCAUGGUUACAAGGCCGGUGUGGGCAGUGACACUGCCCCAGCAAGGAGCUGGGUGCGGAGCAGCGCGGCUGGGCCAGGCCAGGCCGAGGCAAUGGUAGGGUCCGAUGCCGCCAGCCCGCCUGUGGCAACAAGGCAGGUCUGGGUUCGGGCCAGGCAGUCCUGCCGCUUAGUUUUUGUUUCUUCCUCUUCCCCCCUUUGCUCUCCUUUGCCCUUACCAACUCUUUUUUUUGUUUGUUUGUUUUUUUCUCCUAGAGUGGUGCUGCCGAAAAGGCACAAUCAGGAGCUCCACCCAGUGCUCCAGUUUGCAGCUCUGCUUCCCAUUUUAACUUUCCUUUUGAACAACACAACUAGGACGAGCUCCAAGCGAGAGUGGAAACCACUGGAGGAUCACAGCUGCACAGAUGUGCCGUGGCUGCUCCUAUUCAUCCUCUUCUGCAUAGGAAUGGGAUUUAUCUGUGGCUUUUCAAUAGCUACAGGAGCAGCUGCGAGGCUGCUUUCAGGAUAUGACAGCUAUGGAAAUAUCUGUGGACAGAAAAAUGUCAAGGUGGAGGGAAUAGUCAACAGUGGUUUGGAUCUCACACAGAAGAAGUAUGUGUUCUUCUUGGAUCCAUGUAAUGUUGAUUUAGUACAUCAGAGGAUCAAAUCUCUUGCUCUGUGUGUGUCAGCUUGCCCAACGAAAGAACUGAAAACUUUGGCUGAUGUUCAGAAAUUUGCAGAAACUAAUGGAUCCAAUCUGUGCAGCUAUGAACUUCAGCCUUCAGAAUACACUACAGACCCAAGGGCUGCCAAGCUGUGUCCUAAGCACCCUGUUCCAGAAAGUGCACCUAUUCCAUUCUUCCAUCGCUGUGCUCCUGUGAACAUUUCCUGCUAUGCCAAGUUUGCAGAGGCCCUGAUCACCUUUGUCAGUGACAGUAGUGUCUUACACAGGCUGAUUAGUGGAGUUAUGACCAGCAAAGAGAUUAUAAUGGGACUUUGCUUGUUAUCACUAGUGCUGUCUAUGAUUUUGAUGGUUAUAAUCAGGUACAUUUCAAGAGUACUUGUCUGGAUUUUAACAAUUCUUGUCAUUCUGGGAUCACUCGGUGGUACAGGAGUUCUGUGGUGGCUCUAUGCUAAGCAACGAGUAUCUGCCCAUGCUGUUGAGACUCAAAUAGCCAAAGACAAUCUUCAGGCUCUUCUGAUCUAUGCCAUUUCAGCUACAGUCUUCACGGUUAUCUUGUUCUUGAUAAUGUUAAUUAUGCGCAAACGAGUAGCUCUCACCAUUGCCUUGUUCCAUGUGGCCGGCAAGGUCUUCAUUCACCUGCCGCUGCUAGUCUUCCAGCCGUUUUGGACGUUCUUUGUGCUUAUCCUGUUCUGGACAUACUGGAUCACCGUCCUGCUUUUUCUUGGUACUACAGGUAAUCCUGUCCCAAAUGAAGAAGGAUUUAUUGAAUUUCGGAUGGUAGGCCCUUUGAAAUACAUGUGGUGGUACCAUGUGGUGGGGCUGAUCUGGAUCAGCGAGUUUAUCCUAGCCUGUCAGCAGAUGACGGUAGCAGGGGCUGUUGUGACAUACUAUUUUACAAGGGAGAAAAGGAAUCUGCCAUUUACUCCCAUUCUGGCAUCUGUUAAUCGCCUUAUUUGUUACCAUCUAGGAACAGUGGCAAAGGGGUCUUUCAUUAUCACACUAGUGAAGAUACCACGAAUGAUUCUUAUGUAUAUUCAUACUCAACUCAAAGGAAAAGAAAAUGCUUGUGCUCGCUGUAUGCUGAAAGCCUGCAUCUGCUGCCUUUGGUGUCUAGAAAAGUGCCUGACCUACUUAAAUCAGAAUGCAUAUACAGCCACAGCUAUCAACAGUACCAACUUCUGCACCUCAGCAAAGGUGCCCUUCAUUAUUCUAGUGGAGAAUGCUUUGCGGGUGGCUGCCAUAAACACAGUGGGAGAUUUCAUGCUUUUCCUAGGAAAGGUCCUGAUUGUGUGCAGUACAGGUUUGGCAGGGAUUAUGUUGCUGAAUUACCAACGAGAUUACACUAUCUGGGUGCUGCCUCUCAUCAUUGUCUGCCUCUUUGCAUUCCUGGUUGCUCACUGCUUCCUUUCCAUCUAUGAAAUGGUUGUUGAUGUCCUCUUCUUAUGUUUUGCUAUUGAUACAAAAUACAAUGAUGGAAGCCCUGGGAGGGAAUUCUACAUGGAUAAAGUUCUCAUGGAGUUCGUGGAGAAUAGUAGAAAGUCUAUGAAAGAAGCUGGCCGUGGAGGUGGAGCUGAGAGCAGAGAGCUAAAACCAAUGGCCUCUGGAGCAAGUUCAUCUUGAAACUAGCCAGCCAUUAUGGAACCAUUGACAUUCCAAAACAGUAUAUAUAUACAUAUACACACACACACACACACACACACAC